CGGCGAUCGGCGCAGGAGAUUCGCGAGCCGAGCGCUCUGCUCGGCCGCCCGCCGGCCUCCCGCCAGCCUGCCCCGACCCGCGGCUCGACCGCGGAGCCGCGCCCGAGUCAGGCUCUCGGCAGGUGGCCAUUAAUGAGAAUUGGAGAUGAAGGGAGGCACCUCUUCUGGCCACUUCUUUCCUGCCUUCUUCCACCAAGGAAACAAUGAAGGGAGACACCAGACAACUCAACGGAGAGGAGGAUGCCAGCAGGAGGGAAGACUCCAUCAUCACCAAUGGGGGCUGCAGCGACCAGUCUUCCGACUCCAAGGACGCACCCUCGCCCCCGAUCCUGGAGGCUAUCAGCACCCCGGAGAUCAGAGGUGGCAGAGGUGGCAGAGGUGGCAGAGGCCGCAGAUCAAGCUCUCGACUGUCCAAGAGGGAGGUCUCCAGCCUCCUAAGUUACACUCAGGAUUUGACGGGUGACGGAGAUGGUGAAGGGGAGGAUGGAGAUGGCUCAGACACUCCAGUGAUGCCAAAACUCUUCCGUGAAACCAGGACUAGGUCUGAAAGUCCAGCGGUCCGAACCCGAAAUAACAACAGUACCUCCAGCCGGGAGAGGCACAGGCCCUCCCCACGGGCCACCCGAGGCCGGCAGGGCCGCCACCACGUGGACGAGUCCCCCGUGGAGUUCUCAGCUACCAGGUCCCUGCGGCGGCGAACCGCAUCAUCGGCAGGCACGCCGUGGCCGUCCCCUGCCAGCCCCUACCUCACCAUCGACCUCACAGAGGACGAUGUGGUGCCACAGAGCAGCAGUACGCCCUACGGCCGCCUGGCCCAGGACAGCCAGCAGGAGAGCAUGGAGUCCCCGCAGGUGGACACAGAGGAUAGGGAUGCAGACAGCUCAGAGUAUCAGGACGGGAAAGAGUUUGGAAUAGGGGAUCUUGUGUGGGGAAAGAUCAAGGGUUUCUCCUGGUGGCCUGCCAUGGUGGUGUCCUGGAAGGCCACGUCCAAGCGGCAGGCGAUGGCGGGCAUGCGGUGGGUCCAGUGGUUUGGCGAUGGCAAGUUCUCCGAGAUACCAGCUGAUAAGUUGGUGGCCUUGGGGUUGUUCAGCCACCACUUUAACCUGGCGACCUUCAAUAAACUGGUCUCGUACAGGAAGGCCAUGUACCACGCGCUGGAGAAAGCCAGGAUACGGGCUGGCAAGACCUUCCCCAGCAACCCUGGAGACUCAAUGGAGGACCAGCUGAAGCCCAUGUUGGAGUGGGCCCAUGGGGGCUUUAAGCCCACAGGGGUCGAGGGGCUCAAACCCAACAACAAGCAACCAGAGAGUAAGACUCGAAGACGCACAGCUGACGACUCAGCUACCUCUGACUACUGCCCCCCACCCAAGCGCCUCAAGACAAACUGUUACAAUAACGGAAAAGACCGAGGGGAUGAGGAUCAGAGUCGAGAGCAAAUGGCUUCAGAUGUGACCAACAAUAAGAGCAGUCUGGAAGACAGCUGUUUAUCCUGUGGUCGGAAAAAUCCCGUGUCUUUCCACCCUCUCUUUGAGGGUGGGCUCUGCCAGACAUGCAGGGACCGCUUCCUCGAGCUGUUCUACAUGUAUGACGAUGACGGCUACCAGUCGUACUGCACAGUGUGCUGCGAGGGCCGCGAGCUGCUCCUUUGCAGCAACACGAGCUGUUGCCGGUGCUUCUGCGUGGAGUGCCUGGAGGUGUUGGUGGGUGCGGGCACGGCAGCGGAUGCCAAGUUGCAGGAGCCCUGGAGCUGCUACAUGUGCCUUCCGCAGCGCUGCCACGGUGUACUGCGUCGCCGCAAGGACUGGAGUGUGCGCCUGCAGGCCUUCUUCACCAGUGACCCGGGCCUCGAAUAUGAAGCCCCCAAGUUAUACCCUGCAAUUCCCGCAAACCGAAGGCGGCCCAUUCGAGUCUUGUCCCUGUUUGAUGGAAUUGCAACAGGGUACUUGGUCCUCAAAGAAUUGGGCAUCAAAGUGGAGAAAUACGUCGCCUCAGAAGUUUGUGAAGAGUCCAUCGCUGUUGGAACUGUUAAGCACGAGGGCAACAUCAAAUAUGUGAAUGACGUCAGGAAUAUCACAAAGAAAAACAUUGAAGAGUGGGGCCCCUUUGACCUGGUGAUUGGUGGAAGCCCAUGCAAUGAUCUCUCAAAUGUGAACCCUGCCAGGAAAGGCCUGUAUGAGGGCACAGGUCGGCUCUUCUUUGAGUUCUACCACCUGCUGAAUUACACACGCCCCAAGGAGGGUGAUGACCGGCCUUUCUUCUGGAUGUUUGAGAAUGUGGUGGCCAUGAAGGUUGGAGACAAGCGGGACAUCUCUCGGUUCCUGGAGUGCAAUCCAGUGAUGAUUGAUGCCAUCAAAGUGUCUGCUGCUCACAGAGCCCGAUAUUUCUGGGGCAACCUGCCUGGGAUGAACAGGCCUGUGAUAGCAUCAAAGAAUGAUAAACUCGAGCUACAGGACUGCUUGGAGUUCAAUAGGACAGCAAAGUUAAAGAAAGUACAGACAAUAACCACCAAGUCGAACUCGAUCAGACAGGGGAAAAACCAACUUUUCCCUGUUGUCAUGAAUGGCAAAGAAGAUGUUUUGUGGUGCACUGAGCUAGAAAGGAUCUUCGGCUUUCCUGUACACUACACAGAUGUCUCCAACAUGGGCCGGGUGGCCCGCCAGAAGCUGCUUGGUCGGUCCUGGAGCGUACCUGUCAUCCGACACCUCUUCGCCCCCCUGAAGGACUACUUUGCCUGUGAAUAGUUCCCCAGGCACCAGGGCCUGUGGGCAGAGCCACAACCCAGGAGGUGACCCAGGCUGUGCCCAUCCUCAGUGCUGCCAUGUAACGUGGGGUCAUGCCGAGUACCUAGUCGAGAGCAGAGCCACCUUGCCCCUCCUGGCAGGGGGGGCCCCCUCCCGGAGGUGCCACCUCCUUGUGCACAAUUCAGACCUGGCUGCUUGGAGCGGCCAAGCCCGGUGCUCAUUUUAUCUUCUAAAACUUUAAGACUUGAAGUAGGUAGUACGAUGGCUUUUUUUCCCCCUCCUGGGUUUACCUCUCAGAAAAACGAUGGCUAAGUUACCAAAACCACAGUGCCGACAGCUCUUCAAUACUCAGGUUAAUGCUGAAAGUUACCCAAGACAGUUACUGCAAGACUUUAAUUUCUUAAAUAUCUGCAGCUCCUUGUUUCCAGGAGUGCAGCAGGUGACAUGUAGCGGAGGGCCCAGGAUAGUUUAUUCUUCUAGGACCAGCAGAAAAAGACAUGAUGCCCAUGUCUUUUCUUGAAUUUUCCCCGGCUGGGUCUCCUGGCCUCAGCCGGGAACCAGGGCCCAGUUAGACUAUUUUCCACAAGGAUGAUGGUUUCAGCAGGGAUGACAUCAUCAUCAUCACAUUCAGGGCUAUUUUUUCCCCCUAAACCCAAGGGCAGGACUACCCUUAGCUAAUUCUCUCCCAGUGACUGCAGUAGAACCCUCUGGAAGCUCAGGAAGGGGUGGGCUGGGUCAUAAGCCGCCAUAUAUUGUGUAGGCAGGUAUGGCUUCUCUCCAUCUCCCCGGAUGUGUGAGGGGAGAGGGGGAGGAGGAGGCGGCUUAGGUGAGCCCCCCCGCCCCAUGCACCCUCCAGACUGGCAGGCACAGGUUAGAAGUAUGACGCCCUCAUUCCCCAGCCUUUUCUCAAGGCAGCAGCAGUGACAGCCAGGGGCAGAAGCACAUUCCUCACACUUUGCCCUCAACUAAGAGACUGUAGGGGGGAAAACUGCAAUAAAACCUCGACCCUCCCUCCAGAGAUUUUUAAAUCCCUUUUUUAUUCCAUGAUAAAUCGUCUUUUAGGAGGUUGGACAAGCUGCAUUUCAGAAAUGCUGUCAUAAUGGUUUUUAACACCUUUUACUCUUCUUACUGGUGCUAUUUUGUAGAAUAAGGAACAGGUUUUGACAGGUUUUGUGGGAGUUUUUUUAUACACUUUUUAAAACAAAUCUCAGACAUCUAUUUUUGUUUUAAGAUUUUCAUAAAAUUUUUUUUUUUGUAACUGGAGCCACAUAACAAGUUUGGGGGAAAAUUGUGCCUUGUUUCAACAGUUUUGCUAAUUUUUAGGCUGAAAGAUGACAGAUGCCUAGAGUUUACCUUAUGUUGAAUUAAAAUCAG